GAGUUGUAUUUGACGUACAAUAGGACGGCAACAGUAAUGGCUGAGUUGGCCGGCGCUAACCUCUCGGCCUCUGGCCUCCAGAACCCCAUAUCCAUCGAUGGUAUUGUCUAUGGCGUGGAAUCGCCCCAAAUGACUGAGUUUAUGGCACCCGUACUGGCCAUACAAGUGCUGCUCAGCAUAAUCACCAUGUUUUACAUACUAAACAUCGAGUCCAAGGGGUCCAUAGUGUUAGUCUAUAUGAUAACACUUAUACAAGGCAUGUGUGGUAUGGCGUUAGGACUGGUAGUGUCGGCGUUCAGUGAGAAUGAGAGUCAGGCGUUGGCCAUGUCUAUGGCCUCAUUCCUCCCGGUGUCCAUCAUAUCCGGCAUCUUCUGGCCCGUGGAGGCGAUGCCAGCCUUUAUGAAACCCAUUAGCUAUUACGGCCCCCAGACUCUGGCCCUGGACUCUAUGCGCUUUGUUAUAUCCAGGGGUUGGGAUNCGUUCAGUGAGAAUGAGAGUCAGGCGUUGGCCAUGUCUAUGGCCUCAUUCCUCCCGGUGUCCAUCAUAUCCGGCAUCUUCUGGCCCGUGGAGGCGAUGCCAGCCUUUAUGAAACCCAUUAGCUAUUACGGCCCCCAGACUCUGGCCCUGGACUCUAUGCGCUUUGUUAUAUCCAGGGGUUGGGAUAUCUAUAACAUGUCUGUUAUCUAUGUAAAUGGCAUCAAAUGUGCGCCAACUGAGGAGGAAGAGAAAAAAGAGAAAGAAGUGGACCUAAUGAUGAGAAUAGCCCUGUUUUACGGCGACGAAGGUCUGGAUUGCAAUGAAACGACGAUUAAAGACUAUGUGAUUAGAUAUUGCAAAGAGACGAAAGAAAUUAAAGCAGAAGCUGUUAAAUUCAUCGCGGGCAAAUUUAAAGCGAGCACCGAAUUGCAAGCUGUAAGCAAAAUGGUGUUUUCCACAGACAAAAAGGCUCCGACACCCGCUCAAUGCAGGAACUUUACUUCCGAUGAGCCUCACACGUGGCACUUGUGUUCGGACACUAAGGUCGAGGAGUUUGGCGCUAAGGAUAUCCGAAUCCUGUUCCUCAAUGUGUUGCUUCAGGCCCAGAAAAAGGAUACUACAAUCAACUUGGUGAAAUUUAUUUGUUAUACGAAGGAGUUUAUGAACAAAACAGCUGAAGUGCACAACAACGAUGCGGACAAGGCUAUAGUGUUUCAGCACAUGAAAGACACGUUUCACUGGGCACUCGAUCGGGUGAACAAAUUGACCACAGAUUUGCGAGCAAAGUCCCAAUUUCCCGACGUAUGUGACCUAGGUGAUCUGGGUUUUGCCGGCGAAGCAACGCCUACAUACCAGUCAAUCCUAAUGAACUGGUUUGUGGCGCUUAACAAAAUGCUUACUAAUGUUAAAAUAGCGUCUAGCAAAAAGGGCUAACAUCGAG